CAUCAAUCGCUCUCUCUCUCUCGCUCUCUCUCUCACACACACACGCACACACGCAUAACUAUUUCUCACCUCUAGAGCCUACUUCCCUCCUCACAGGACAGGAGACAAAUAAAUGGGUUAAGUGUAAGGGCGGGAAAGACCUCCCUCUCUCUCGCUUUUCUCUCUCUCUCUGCUGGUUCUUUGGAGCAGACUGGACUCGAACCAAGGGCGUGUGUGGAUGUGUCCACACGGUACGGAACAUUUCAAGAUUUAAAGAUUUGACGCUGCCAUGAGUGACACGUGAACCACUUGAUUGAUUGCUGUCACGUGGCCAGGUGACAGGCGGGUGCGCCCCGCGGACCGGACGAGUGGAACCGAACUGAACCGGAGCGGACCGAUGCAGACGGACUGAAAGCAAAGCACCUUCACCAUCCGCGACGCGCCCUCAAGCCUUCCCGCCAGCCGGCGCCGAGCACACCGAGCAGGGGGCGACUCUCUCGGACGGGGGGGCCCGGUGGCUCCACACGCAGGAGGAAGAUGCCAUUCCAUCACGUGCGUGCAGGUCUUCUCUAUCCAGACAACUACCUGACCAGCUCGCUGACAGAAGGUUCUGAAGCCUUCCAGCUCACCAGCAUCUCCACGGAGGAGCUCGGAGAGAUCCGUGAGGCAUUCCGUGUUUUGGACCGUGACGGGAAUGGCUUCAUCUCCAAGCAGGAGCUGGGAAUGGCCAUGCGCUCGCUGGGUUACAUGCCCAGUGAGGUGGAGCUGGCCAUCAUCAUGCAGAGGCUGGACAUGGAUGGGGACGGCCAGGUGGACUUUGAGGAGUUCAUGACGAUACUGGGGCCCAAGCUGCUGUCGUCUGACAACAGAGAAGGUUUCCUUGGCAACACCAUUGACAACAUCUUCUGGCAGUUUGACAUGCAGCAGCUGUCACUGGACGAGCUGAAGCAAGUGCUCUUCCACGCCUUCCGCGACCACCUGACGAUGAAGGACAUCGAGAACAUCAUUAUCACGGAGGAGGAGAGCCUCAAUGAGACCUCAGGGAACUGUCCCGAGUACGAGGGAGUGCAUCCCAAGAAGAAGAACCGUCAGACGUGCGUCAGGAAAAGCCUCAUCUGCGCCUUCGCCAUAGCGUUCAUUAUCAGCGUCAUGCUGAUUGCAGCCAAUCAGAUGCUGCGCAACGGCAUGGAGUAAACACUUGUGAACACUGUGAGCACCGGGACAUAUGGACCAAAUGGACACCCAUAUGGACCUGGACGGAGACUUUUGGACAGUGUUUGACCACGAUAGACCAUGAUGGACCCUGCUGGAGCAGAGCAUGUCAUUCUUUGUUUUGCUUUGAAGGUUUAGUUUGGGCUGAGGAGCAGAGUGAGGAGAGAUGCUCUUUUGAGGAUGUCACCUUUUCAACUGACUGGACUCUCUGAGAACUGGAAAAGAAUUCAGUUUUUCUAAACUAAAAGAAUGAAUUUUAUUUUGCUGACUACCCUUUAAUUUACUUUUCUAUUUAUUGACAACACUGAUCAGGUGCUUGGAGCCAUUCCUCAUCUUCUUGUCAGUGAACACUCAUGAUGGAUCCUCACAUGUCCUACAAGGAGCACAACUUGUCCCUGAGUCUGGUAAAAGAAGAAGAAGGGGGGGGGGGGGAGAAUUGAUGGUGAAAGGAGGACAGAGACGCAGAUGAACGCUGGGAAAACAUCUCAUUGUCAUUCCACCGGUGUGCUAAAUGUAGGUCACACAGUAGCAUGCUAGCAUACUAAACACCACUCACUAUUGUACUGUAUAUAUGAUAUUUAUAUAUAUUUAUAUAUAUCACACGAAUGUAUUAUGUAACCGCAUAAUAACAACAGAAUGUAUGAAGGCCAUCAUUAAAUUAACGAUGUGGAGCAGACACUUCUCCGGGAGGAGGCUGUCCCCUAGUGGCCAGUAUGAAAACUGCAGCAAUGUUUGAAUUGGUGCUGAGCGGUGACUGAUAAAGGACGCCAGACAAACAAAAGUCAUCAUUUUAGCAAGCGGGGUCAUGACCCCAUACAGUGGAACCUGCUAAGUUCGGCACAACGCUGGUUGACUUUUCACUUGUUCCCAUUUCAAAACACUUUUUCCCAUUGAAAAUAAUGUAAAAUGAUGUAAAACACCUUCAUGAAAUGUGCAGGCGAUGUUUUAACAUUCUUAAGUGUCGUGUAAGAGUAAAAAGAAGUUAACCUCUCUAAGGGGUUUGCAGAGCAGUACUGCCCCCCCAUGCAGUGAUUUAUAGGUACAGUAAGUACCGUCGUGUCGUCUAUUUUGGUUUCUAUAGCUAUCAUCACACUUCAUGUUUGGCAUCACUGGCACCGUUCUGAGGGGGUUUCUAACAAAAAAUGCUAAAGAGAAAGUCAAAGUUCAUCCUUAAUCCCCAUGCAUGAAGAUGUUUUCUUUUAGGCAUUUUUCCCCCUGCAACAUUUUGGUUGAACUCCAACCCGUUUUAUAGGUACUGCAAGUUAUACUAUGUUGGGUUCUGUGGUUAUCAUCACAUGUCAUCUUUGGUAUCACAGGCACCCUCCAGGGGCAACCUCAAAAAACCCAAAGAAAAGGCAAAAGCUCAUCUUCAUGCAUGAGGAAGUUUUGUUCAACUUGUGAGGCAUUUUUACACCUCUGAACAUUCUCAUUGAACUCCGAAUUGUUUGGUAGCUAGAGUAAAUUAAACUAUUUGGGUUUCUGUGGUUAUCAUCACGCUUCAUUUUUGGCAUCCUGGCAUCCUUCUGAGGAAGAAUUUUUAAAAAAGCAAAAGUGAAUUAUUCAUCCUCAUCUACGAAGAAGUUUUGUUUUGCUUAUGGGGCAUUUUUUCCUGGAUCAUUUUGGUUGGACUCUGAAAUUAUACCACUUUAAGGGCACCCUUCUGAGGGGGAAUGUAAAAAUGUAAUCCUCAUGCACGAAGAUGUUUUGUUUGGCUUUUGAGGCACGUUUUUGACUAGAAGGUUUUGGUUUAACUCCAAAUUGUUUUACAGGUACAGUAAGUUAAGCUAAUUUGGGUUCUAUUGUUAUUGUCACACUUCAUUCUUGGCAUCACUGACAUCCUUCUGAGGAAGAAUUUAAAAAAAAAAAGCAAAAGUUAAUUAUUCAUCCUCGUCUGCGAAGAAGUUUUGUUUUGCUUAUGAUGCAUUUUUUCCUGGAUCAUUUUGGUUGAACUCUCAAAUUAUACCACUUUAAGGGUUUUCCACUUGGAGGUUCCACUGUAUAUAAAAAAUGUGUUCUUCUUUUUAGCAUCAAUAACAACUACUCGCUUAUCAGCGGAAGUUGAGAGGUGAAUGAAUGAGUCCACGUUUAUGUACUAUAAUAUAAAUGCAUGAUGUCAAACUUUGUGUGAAGCAACAGUGCGCGAGAGGGCAUUGUGCUAAAUAUGCAAGGUCACGUGAUCACGGCUUUUCACGCAUCUUCAGCACCGUCUUGUUGAAAGCGACGCCCGCCCAUCUUCGUCGCCGUCGUGACGACUGCACGCUCACCUCACGUGGCUCUGGACGAUAGCUAGAUUUUAUCACAUGACCACACGAGCGCGGCAUGCUGCUUUGAAGAGGAGACGGAAAAGAGCAAUAGUUCUAUAGUUACCCAAUCAUCUCUUUCGCAUAAUAUAUCUAUAUCUAUAUAUACACAUAUGUUUAUGCAAUAAAGCCUUUUUUUAAGAAAUCUCUGCUUGCUUGUUUGUUUUCACGUUUGGACUGUUAGUGGCCACUUCAUUAGGUACACACUAAAUAGCGAUAAAGAUGUGUUAAAUGCUAGGGGUGCGCGGAUCGAUAUAGCAUCGACACCAAGGGUAUUUAUGUAUGAUCGAUACUAGCGUGAUGAGAUCGCUAUUUUUCAGUUCGUCUGUUUGUUUUCACAAAUGUUUGUUUUGUUGUUCAUAUUGUUACAUUGUUGAUACCGAUACAUUAACAUUUUGUUGUAUUGUUUACAAACUCAGGGAAUAAGUUCUUAGUUACAGUAGGGCUUUGGGGCAAAAGCCAAAGGAUUUGAAUGACAGCCAAUAGUAGUUUUUACUUUUGUUUACUUUUAGCAUUAUUGACUAUUUUGCUCAAAUUGUAUUUAAUAAAAAGGGAAUCAUUUUAUUAUUUUGUUGAUUUCGUAAUAUUGUUGUAUUAAAUAUUGUUAAAAUUAUUCACAAACAUGUUGAUUAAAAAAACAUUUUUGUUUGCCUAAAA